GGAUCAGGAGCACGCUCAACACUGUAACUAAAGCAGUAAGUGGCAGCGACCUCCUCUCCAAGAUCUCCCGCCUUAAGCCCAGUGCCGCAGCCACCCAUGCAGAGAAGGUACAGGCCGAAGCGGAGCCUCUGACUCCAUCUCCAACCCCGGCAGCUAGUGACCCUUCAGCUGCUGCAAUACACAUGAAGCCACCAGAGCAGGAUCAGACAGUAGGACAGGACCAGAACAAUGGAGAGGAGGGAAGGAGAAUCAGCCACUUCAGGCUUUAGAGAAACCCUUCAUGGCCAACGUCAAGCCCAAACAGAGCCUCGCUGCGUCAGUGGCUAUAUCCACCGCUAGCUCCUCGUCAAGUUUAGAGAAACCCUUCAUGGCCAACGUCAAGCCCAAACAGAGCCUCGCUGCGUCAGUGGCUAACUCCGCCGCAUCAGUGGCUAGAUCCACCGCUAGCUCCUCGUCAGCCAUUGCCAAGCAGACGUUACAGCUGUUCCAACCAGAGGCCCUGUCCACCAACAUGGACGAGACAAACAGCACCUUGUCUCAACACGUCAACGACUACUUUGGGAGUUGUACUAGUCUAUCAACAGGAGAUGACAAGAAGCCUCACCAUCUAAAUGACAAUGCUCAAGCAUCCAUGUCCUCCAAGCCUGCUCUCAGUCUACGUUAUCAGAGUACGAAGAGCGGGGACCACAUCCCCGUUUCAGUACCUGUGGCAGCUGAGACCAAGGCUAUCCAGGGCAAGGCAGCUACCCCACAACCGACUCCUCCCCUGGAGGAGGUUCGCCCAACCUCGGGUGUUCCCACCCGAGAGAGCCCUGCCACAGACAGUACUUCCUCUGACCCAGUCACCCAUACCCCCACCCUAACACCCUCUAAAAAAGGGGGGUUUGGGCAGUAUCUGUCCGACCCUCGUCCCAAUGUUCAGGCAUUCUUUGGCAGCUACAUAGCACCCUUGGUACCUAGUAAGUUCAGAGCUGACCCCAAGAGCGUCACAGCAGCAGUUGAAGAGAAAAACACGGAGGAGGCUGUGAGGAAGUCUGGAGAGAAGAUGGAGACUGAGGAGGAGAAGAAGAAUGCUGAAGAGGGGGCCAAGAAACGACUGUUGAGCCAGAGAGAGAAGAUCAUAGCCCGGGUGAGUAUGGACAACAGGACCAGAGCCUUGGUGCAGGGCAUCCAGAAAGCCACAGACAUGAAUAUCCACACCAGCCGUGUGGAGGAGCUUAGCCUGCAUCUUCUGGAGUACCCUGAGACACGCGGCGUGGCCGUCAAGGAGAGGGUGAUCCCGUGCCUGUUGCGUCUGAGGCAGACCAGAGACCCCCGGCUCCAGGCUGCAGUGAGAGAGGCCCUGACCCUGGUGGGAUACACAGACCCUGUGAAGGGCCAGGGUAUACGGAUCCUGGCCAUCGAUGGAGGGGGGACCAGGGGACUGGUGGCCCUGCAGACCCUACACAAACUGCAGACACUGACGGGCAAACCCAUCUACCAGCUGUUUGACUACAUCUGUGGGGUCAGCACAGGUGCCAUCCUGGCCUUCAUGUUGGGGGUGUUCCAGAUUCCUCUGGAUGAUUGUGAGGAACUCUACAGGAAGCUGGGUUCUGAUGUGUUCAAACAGAACGUCAUCGUGGGAACCGUUAAGAUGGGCUGGAGCCACGCCUUCUACGACAGCCAGAUCUGGGAGAACAUCCUCAAGGAGAGAAUGGGAGAAGGCCUCAUGUUCGAGACAGCCCGGGAUCCAAAAUGCCCAAAGGUGUCAGCAGUGAGCACCAUAGUGAACAGGGGUCUGCCUCUGAAGGCCUAUGUGUUCAGGAACUACAGCAUGCUACCAGGGGUCAGGUCCCACUACAUAGGAGACUGUAAACACAAGAUGUGGCAGGCCAUCAGAGCCUCCUCCGCCGCCCCAGGGUACUUCCAGGAGUAUCCACUGGGAAAAGACCUGCACCAGGAUGGUGGUCUCCUCAUCAACAACCCCACAGCGUUGGCCAUCCAUGAGUGUAAGCUGCUGUGGCCCAACACCCCAGUGCAGUGUGUUGUCUCCCUGGGUACGGGUCGCUAUGAGACCGUCAACAAGAACAACACCACCUCCACCAGUCUCAAAGCCAAGAUCACCAACGUCAUCAGCAGUGCCACCGACACAGAGGAGGUCCACAUCAUGCUGGACGCCCUCCUUCCACCCAACACCUACUUCCGUUUCAACCCCUACAUGAGCGAGGACAUCCCAUUGGACGAGAGCCGCCCGGAGAGGCUGACCUUCCUGCAGGAGGAAGGAACUCGCUACCUGGAGAGGAACGAAGCCAAGCUGAACAAGGCAGCGUCGGUGCUGGCUCUGGAGAAGAGCGCCAUCCAGAGGCUGGCUGAAUGGUGCAAACUGAAGGCCGACAUGUACGAGGGCUUGCCCUUCAUCUCCAAACUGUAGGGCAUGUCUAGAGGUGAAAGGUCAGACAGGCUGAGAGACACUAAUUUAGACUGAUUAUGAAGAUCAUAUAGGAGCUGUAAAGGUGUGACAUGUACGAGGGCCCUUCAUCUCCAAACUGUAGGGGAUGUCUAGAGGUGAAAGGUCAGACAGGCUGAGAGACACUAAUUUAGACUGAUUAUGAAGAU